AUGGCUUCAGCUCUCGUCAUCGGCGCCGCCUCUUCUCUGCUUCCCUACUCCAUCAGCGGCAGAGGCGUCGCUUCUCCCGCCUCCGCGCCUCUACGCUCCGCAUUCCUUCCUCGUCCGCCUCUCUUUUCCCAACGCGCGCCUCCGCUUCUCCCCCGCCGGGCGCACAUCGGAGAGCAGGGGAGAGUGGGGCUGGGGGCGGCGGGGAAGAGGGGGAAUGGCGUGCGGGCAGAGGCGCAACCAGAGAAGCCAGAGGGGAGGCCGCCCUUCGGCUACACGCGGCUGGACGUGAUUCUCAUCGGCGUCGGCAUCACCGUCGCUGGUGUCGCCCUCAAGUACGGCCUCGAGUUGGCGGGGUUUGACUCGUUCCAGUCGGGCAGUGUGGUGCAGCUGGUGCUGGUGUUGGGGCUGUGCUUGGUGUGGACGGCCAGCUAUGUGUGGCGAGUGGGCAAUAAGGAGAUGACGUAUGUGAAGCAGCUCAAGGACUACGAGGACGCUGUUAUGAAGAAGCGGCUGGAGGCGAUGCCGGAGGCGGAGCUGGAGGCCAUGCUGGCGCAGGUGGAGGAGGAGAAGGAGCGCCUGCGCCACGCCAGGGGCAAGG